UGGUUUUCUUUUGCAGAGCAUCUCAGAACAUAAAUUAGGUUAAUGCCAUAUUUAUUUUCUGUUAGAUCUAUGUCAGCCUUUAUCAUCAAUUGUUCAUAGAAAAGAAUAACAGUAACUUUUAUCACUUCUGGCUUCUGCUUUUGCUCUAGUUUGAAUGUGCAAGUCUCAGUGCAGAGAUUUGAAUGUGGAGGUCUCAGUUCAGAGAUAUGUAUGGAGUGUUGGCUUGGAUAUUUCCAAGGCUGGGGAGGAGAGUGCUGGAAACAAGUUGGUUGUUUUUUUUUUAGUCAUACAUUGAACAGUUGUACUGCUCUAGUACCAGCUCACAAGAAAACAGUGGAAGUUGUAUUUUUUUUUUUUUUUGCUGGAAUGGCAAUCUUGUGGUUUUGUAAUCUGAAUCUUUGACCUUCCAACUCUGAGAGUUAAUGGACUGCUUCUGACCUUGCCGUGGACCUUUGAUCUUACUGGUACAGGUGACUGUAAGAGGAGGUAAAACUCUUGUUGCCAUAACUUGUGUGAUCAUUGAAGAAUCUGGGCUUUCCCCAGGUUAGGAAAUUGCGUCCUCAAAAAGGGGAACUCUGCAGAAAAUGUUAAGUAUGGACUCUUGCAAUAUUGCUUUAAUGUGUAUUUAAGACAAACUCUUUUCUUCCUGUGGUAUUGUAGACUAGAGAGGGAAGUAAUAAUUUAGUUUUCAACAUGUGUUGCUGCUGAGCCACUUUUAGAAUUAAAUGGUUUUUUGUGUGGAUUUGUUUGGUGGGGGUUUUGUGCUGUUGAUUUGGGUUGAGGUUUUUUUUGUGGGUGGGUUGGUUUUUUUUCCUUUGUGGCAUUUUUGUUUGUUUUUUUCUUACUUUUCAUUUCUUUCAAAAUGAUCCACUUGAGAAUCAGGAAUAAAUUUGAGAUCUGACACUGAUCCAAAGAGAAGUCUGUUGCCUGAGUCUCUGUUCCUGAGUUCAUGGAGAAAAAAAUGAAUUCUGAAAGCUCAGCUCUUACCAUAAGCAGCCCUGCUGUAAUAAACCAGUGUGCCAGAGGAGGAAUGGAACACGAAAAAAUUUGGCCAAAACAGCAGCAACAGAAUAAUUUUUCCUUGUUUCCUUCUACCAAGGGCUGGAAUUUCAGAGGGAAAAAACGGAAACAGAGUACUCAAGAUGAAGAUGCAAUCAGUAUCUGCAGUCUGGAUACAAGUGAAAUUUUCACUACCUUUGUUUUAAGGCAACCAUCAAACAAAAUUUACCUGGCUGCACAGACACUGAAAUGUCCUGUGAGACACCUUAGGGAGCCCAGUAACAAACGAGUCAAGCCUCUUUCCAGAGUCACAUCCCUGGCUAGCCUCAUCCCUCCUGUGCGAGCCACUCCGCUGAAGCGCUUCAGCCAGACUCUGCAGCGGUCCAUCAGUUUCCGCAGCGAGAGUCGCCCUGACCUAUUCAGCCCACGGCCAUGGUCUCGAAAUGUGCCCUCUGCUAACACAAAGAGGAGAGACAGCAAACUGUGGAGCGAGACCUUUGAUGUCUGUGUCAAUCACAUGCUUACAUCCAAGGAAAUCAAGAGGCAAGAGGCUAUCUUUGAACUUUCCCAGGGAGAAGAAGACUUAAUAGAAGAUCUGAAGCUGGCAAAAAAGGCUUAUCAUGACCCAAUGCUUAAGCUUUCCAUAAUGACAGAGCAAGAGUUGAACCAAAUUUUUGGAACACUGGACUCUCUAAUUCCUCUGCAUGAAGAUCUUCUUAGGCGACUUCAAGAAGUCAGAAAACCUGAUGGAUCAACAGAUCAUGUUGGCCACAUCCUCGUAGGUUGGCUUCCAUGUCUGAACUCCUAUGACAGCUACUGCAGCAAUCAAGUAGCAGCCAAAGCUUUAUUGGAUCACAAGAAACAAGAUCACAGAGUGCAAGAUUUCCUGCAGCGCUGCUUGGAGUCUCCUUUCAGCCGCAAGCUGGACCUUUGGAAUUUCCUUGACAUCCCCAGGAGCCGUUUGGUUAAAUACCCGCUACUGCUCAGAGAAAUUUUAAGACAUACACCAAAUGAUCAUCCUGAUCAACAGCAUCUGGAAGAAGCUAUAAAUAUAAUUCAGGGCAUUGUGGCUGAAAUCAACAUAAAGACUGGUGAAUCUGAAUGCCAGUAUUACAAAGAGAGACUUAUUUAUCUUGAAGAAGGCCAAAGGGAUUCACUGAUUGAUAAUUCACGUGCUGUGUGUUGUCAUGGGGAACUGAAGAACAACAGGGGAGUGAAACUACAUGUCUUCCUCUUUGAGGAGGUGCUGGUGAUCACUCGGGCUGUGACCCACAAUGAUCAUCUCUGCUACCAGCUGUACCGGCAGCCAAUUCCUAUCAGGGAGCUGGUGCUGGAGGACCUGCAGGAUGGAGAGGUGCGCCUGGGUGGAUCCAUACGUGGAGCAUUCAGCAACAAUGAGAGAAUCAAAAACUUCUUUAGAGUCAGCUUCAAAAAUGGAUCCCAAGGCCAGACUCACUCUCUCCAAGCCAAUGACUCCUUCAACAAGCAGCAGUGGCUAAACUGCAUCCGCCAGGCCAAGGAAAAGGCGGCGUGUGCAGGCAAGGCUAGUGGGCUGGAAGCACAUUUCCUUGUGUCACCCAAUGGACACAGAGUGCCCCAGGGAGAGGCUGCCCUGGAGCAGAUGGAGCAGUCAGACUGUGAGUCAGAUUGCAGCAUGGACACCAGCGAACUCAGUGCUGACUGCGACCGCAUGGAGCAGACGAACUCUUGUGAGAGUGAAAAGCAAAUAGAAACCAAUGUUUGACAAAAACUUACAGUUCAUGGAAGAAGAUCUGUCUCUUACCUGUACAGUAUUUGCAUUCCAUACAUGGAACCAUUUGGAGAAGCACUUUUAGAAUUUUUUUGGUGACAAUGUCAAUGCAGUUCUUGUAUUUGUACCUGUGAGUAUCGUACUGUAACUGCCCAUAAGCUGGAAUCUCUUGCAACUCAUGUCAUGUGAUUAUAUUGCAGAAACACCCAAGGUGGAUGAAAGAGGUACUUGACCAGUUAUUCUCAAUGUCCUGCUGUAAACAGAAUCUCUAAACUACUGUUUAUAUAUGCAUUACAUAAACAAGCUUUUCCUAAUUUUUAAGUACUUUAUUGGCCCUUUAAAGGGGCAGCUGAAGAUGUGGACUUAACAUGAAUUUCAGCAUGGGUAUCAAGAUAAUAAUUUUUCUUAAAGGCAUGGAAAGAAAAAGUAGUUUCUUGAAACAAAACAGAAAACUAUCUUGGAAUAACCUAUCCAAACUCCUGUGGUAUUAAAUUAACAAGAACUAUAAACAGUGGGCCAUGGAACCAGGGACUCUUUAGGGAUUAAUUUUUCUAAAUUAAGCACUGUCCUAAGAUCCAGCAGCCAAACCUACUAAAAUCUGGACAUUUCAAAUGGUCAGCAUAGUAAGAUGGUUUAUUUUUCAAAGCAUGUAAUGCUAAAAAUAAUCAACUGAAAAAAACCAGAGCCAAACCUUUACAGCCAGCACUGAAUUAAAUGAAAUGCUGAGAAUACUGGAUGUUUGUAAAUAAGCUGGUAAUUUGCUUUCGGUGCCAUAUAUAUUUUUUCCCAAACAAUAAGAAUGAUAAAGAGCUUUUGCUUGUGAAUAGGCCCUCUUCAGCAUUUUGCACUCCACUGACCUCCACUGUUGAUGUUAAGCACCACUAAUGUUAAAACAUUUAAUUUUCUGUAAAUGUCUGUUUACAAUUACAAAUAGUUGGUUUUUAAAAAUAAGUGAUGAUUUUCUAUAAAUGAUGCUCUACAAAUACCCUGCGGAAUUAUGUAGAGAAAGUUUAAACAAAAAGGGAAUUGUUUGUCCUUUAGGAUGUAUUACAUCCUUUUUACUUUCCUCAAGUUUUGUUUUAAAAGUUUUUGUUGCAUUGAAUUUCAUACUGUAAUUGGAAAUGUUACUGUGUUUUCUGGUGGCUGAUUUAACCUACUCAUUAUGAUGAGAAGCAGAUGAGUCACUUAAAUGCAGUCUAAAACAUGUAGUUGAACAUCCUGUUAUUUUUCAGGAAUCCCUGGGUAGUAUUUUAUUUCUUACUGUAAAAAAUAAUGCCACUGCUGUAUGGCAAACUAUGGAAAAGAUAUAUUACAAAUUUUAAAUUAUUCUUGGUAUUACACAAGAUAUAACCUGUGCAAAGUACUUGUAACAACAAAAGUAGAAAAACUGCUAAGUUGUUGCCAAAAAUAUUUUUCUUGUGUUCUACAAGUUUACAUAAAAUUUGCUAAGUAUUUUACAUAUAUAUAUGCUGAUGUGCAUUACAGAAAUCAGUGUGACAAGAUGGUAAACAAUAUAAAACAAAGUAUUUUUUAUUUUUAAAAAAAUGGCAUUUUUACCCUAUAGAACAUAUUUCUGUAUUUAUAGUUUAAAAAAAAAUCAAUUUUCUUUUCUGUUUCAGGCUUUGUAAUUUAUUUCAAUUGCUUCAUUUUUAGAGCUGAAUGAGUAUACCAAUGAAGUUGAAAGUCUGCAAAAGAAAAGGCAUGUAAAAUAUUCAGCUAGAGAAGAAAGAAUGAAUGUGUGUAUUGACUUUUUUUUUUUUUAAAUAAUGGUCUUAAACUUUUCUGGAAGCAUUUCAAAUAAAUUACGUUAAACCAU